AGAAGGAAGUUUAAACCAAACAGCUAUAUUAUGAAACUUCCUGAAACCAACAGCAACACUAAUUUUGCCAGCUUCAUUUUCAGUGAAACGGUAACUUAGGAGUUGUGCAUGCUCUCACACAAACACAGAUCACAAACCUAACAGCAGCAGACUCAGACUCAUUCCUCUGAGAACUGUACAUAAAAAUAAUCAGCUUUUUGCAUUUCUACAAGCACAUGACUGGUAAACCCAAACAGAACACUGUUAAGGAAGUACUACUUUUCUUCAAUACAGUAGACGGUUUGAUCCAAACAGCUGUAUUAUGCAACUUCCUGUAAACACCAGCAACUGUUCUUUUGUCAGUUUCAUUUACAGGGAAACGGUAACCUAAAAGGAGUUCCACCUACUCUCACACAAGCACUGAGAUCAGAUACCUGACGGCAGCAGACUAACGCAGGAUGAUGAAGAUUUCAGGAAGAGCCACGAGUUGCUGUGUAGCUCUGUUCUUCGCCCUGACUUCUGUGUCGGCUGUACAAAGGCUCAAUUCAAUCAAUGAUUUAAAGAAAAUCAACUAUGGCCAGUCUGUGCCCAAACACAGCCUUGUGCUGCUCUACUGGUUUGCCAACACAGUUGAUAUCAACAACAACAACAACAAUAUAUCCCUGACCUUUGACCCUAACAGUGGAGAUUAUGGCUCACAUUAUUAUGGCAAUUUUGAAAGGCUGUUGGACCGACUGCCUUGGGGAAAUAGAUACUACACUAUUGGCAAUCUCCAUCAAGAAACAGCCAUGCCACUCCCACGUUAUGUUGUCCAUCCCCCAACAGAGCAUAUGGGAGGAAACAGGGACAGGAUCAUAAUUCGUGUCAGGGAGCAGAACAUAGUAGGGCAAGCUUUGCAGAUAGAUCAAGUGUAUAUCACACAGCAUUAUGAGGGUCCUGAACAUCAGGGGACACCUUAUGAUCCAGAUCAUACCUACCAGAUCACUACUAACCUCCUGAGACAGAUCAGAGAGUUUUCUGCGGGAGCAAACCAACAGCAACUGUUGCAUCUCAGAAACCGCUAUGGAAGUAACGCUGAUGUUUUACACAUCAGAAACACAUGGGGUGACCUUGCUUCCCUUAUACUGCUGUUGAAUAUUGUGAUCCAGGAAAAGUACUCCUUUAACCAACAAAGCUGCAGAUUACAAAACAACUACAGACAAGAAAACAGACAAAAUAAUGCGGGUGAUGUUGCUUCAGCGAUCUGCAUUGCGUUUGUAGUGUUAUUUGUUUUAUUUAUACUUGCAUUUUCUAAUAAAUCGGGAAAGUAAAUGACAAGAAAUAAUGAGAAUAAUCUAGAUUGUCUAAACUAAGGUGUGAUGGUAGUGCUUUUCAGAGAUGAUGAGGAGCAUGAAGCCAGCAGGACUCAUAAGUUGAUUAGAAACAAA